CCUGCUCUAGACGUAGACUGGCAGAGCAACAACGCGUUCGCCUCUUGCAGCACCGACAUGUGUAUCCAUGUUUGCAAGCUGGGGCAGGACAGACCUGUCAAGACCUUCCAGGGACACACGAAUGAAGUCAAUGCCAUCAAGUGGGAUCCCACAGGCAGUUUACUGGCCUCCUGCUCCGAUGACAUGACCCUCAAGAUCUGGAGUAUAAAACAGGACAACUGUGUUCAUGACCUUCAGGCUCACAAUAAGGAAAUCUACACAAUCAAGUGGAGCCCAACCGGCCCGGGGACCAACAACCCAAAUGCCAACCUCAUGUUGGCCAGGUAAGAUUAACAGAGGUAGGAUAGCAGAACGGUUCUGAAUC